AUGGUUGCUCUCAACGUCCUCGGGCUCAACUGCGGCACAAGCAUCGACGGCGUCGAUGUUGCGCACUGUCGCAUAUCCUCUGUAGACGCUUCAAAUGAUAUAAGGGUGCAAGUCCUGGCAUACACCGAAGUCCCCGUAACCCCUGAGUUACGGUCUCAGGUCCUUCGCCUAUGCCGCCCCAACCAAGAGGGCGCGGCGACUUCCAUGGCCGAGGUCUGCGAUCUCAACUUCGCACUCGGUCGCGAGUUUUCUCGCGCCGUCAAGGAAUCUGGCGUUGAUCUGUCAGAGGUUGACAUCAUCGCCAGUCAUGGACAGACUCUCUGGCAUCAACCACUGGGCGAACAUCGAUCAACACUCCAGAUGGCCGAGCCUGCUGUGAUUGCUCGUCAAACGGGAAAGACUGUCGUGAGCGGCUUUCGAGUCGCUGAGCUUGCUGCCGGACGCCAAGGUGCCCCGUUGGCAGGCUUCUUUGAAGCAGCUCUACUCUCUGACCCGAAGGUCACACGCAUUAGCCAGAACAUCGGAGGAAUAGGGAAUGCAACCGUGCUGCCGGCAUCGAGCGCGACACAGCCUGGGAAGUUAGAGUCGACAUACAUGGCCUUCGACACUGGCCCUGGAAAUGUCUUUAUUGAUGCUGCCAUGCGCAUUCUAACUGAUGGCAAACAACACUACGACCGUAAUGGAGAGCUAGGUGCCAAGGGCGAAGCAGACAUUGACACUGUUGUUGUCAAUGACUACUUAGCCAACGAGCCUUACUUCCAGCUGAAACCUCCCAAGACUACGGGACGUGAACUCUUCUCUGAUGACAUAGCCAAGGCCCUGGUCAGCAAGUUGAAGGAUGCGGGCAAGACCCCGGAGGCCAUCAUCGCCACCAUUACGCGGAUCACCGCAGAGUCUAUCGCAAGAGCCUACGAGCAAUACGUCCUCCCGCAUCUCGGCAGGGAUGGGAAUAUCGACGAGAUUUACAUCUGCGGCGGUGGAGCUUACAACCCCAACAUUCUCAAGCACCUGCAGCAACGGUUUCCCAAAAGCCGAGUGUUGAAGCUCGACGAUGCACCAGUGAAGAUAGAUCCCAGCGCCAAGGAGGCCGUAUUGUUUGCAGUCCUGGGCUUCCUCGGGGUCUGUGGCCGUACGGUUCCCGUCGCUGCCGACUCGGAGUCGAUGGAUCCUGCCAUCAUGGGGGUCGUCACUCCAGGAGAUAACUAUCGCAAUUUGAUGAGAGCUGUGGUUGAGGACUUGGAAUUCAGUAGCAGAGGCGUCUUAGGGCGCAUCUUAAUGUAG